AUGUCAAGGGAAUUAUUUGAUUUGGUUAAAACUUCAAGAUUGGCUCAAGUAGCUAAACCAAAACCAAAUUCAAGAAUACGUACGAUAAAUUCAACAAUACCAACUCAUCAAAUAAUUUUUACACCCGUUGAAAAUGCAUCAAGAUCAAAUUAUGGUUUAAAAAGUACUUUACCAAAUAAAAUUGGAGUUUCCCAUAUUUCAUAUAAUGAUUUAGAUAAUAAAUAUAGCAUGCCUGAUGUAGAAAGAAAUUCAGGACAUCAUUAUAAUCAAUUAAUAUUUCAAGAAUUGGGAUUAAAUAUAAAAAAUCGCUAUGAAACACCAAAUCCAUUAUUUCCAAAUGAUAAAAAUAAAAGUCUUGUUGGUUUAACACCAUGGAGAAGUAUGAUUAGAUUAUUAGGAUUACCUAAAAAUUCCAAAAUUAAUGAUGUUUUACAAUUAUUAAAACAAAAUAAAUCUAUAUAUAAACAAUUUCAACAAUUUUUAAUAUCUAAAUAUCCAAAAUUAAUACUUCAAAAAAGAGAUACCAUAGAUUAUCGUGAUUUAACAAUUGCAAUAAAAGAAUUUCUAAUUGAAAAUGAAAAUUUAAUUAAAAACGAAGUUACAUUGGGAAAUUUUAUGUCUACUUAUUCAACUUAUGGUAAUGAAAAUAUAAUUCAAGGUACUGGUGGGUUUACAUAUAAUCAAAAAGGAAGAUUAAAUAAUACUCCAAAUGGUAUAAAACAUUCAAUUGUUGCUCCUGGUAGAUUAGUAAAUAAUAAAGAAGCAGCAAUUGGUGGUUUUAUUUCAAAUGUAAGUGAUAGAUCAGUUGCAUUACAAUUAAAUUAUUCAAGAAAUCAACCUGGUAAACAUACAAGACAAUUUAAAAUGCCAUAUAAAAUUAAUGAAGUUGAUUUAUCUGAUGAUGGUACCGUUAGAAUAUUUUCAGAAGGUAUUAAAUUAGGUAAAUGGAUGGAAACUGAUGAUAGAUUUACUCCAACAAGAAAUGAUUUUGAUAUUUCAAAUUCUUAUAGAGAAGAAAGACAAAAGAAAGAGAGUGAAAGUUUGGAACAAUUAUUAAAUUUAAUACUUCCAGGAAAGAAAUAA